CUGAGUUAUUGAGUUGUAGAAACCUUCAUACUGAGAUAUUCUGUCCUUGCCUCCUUCAGUUUCCACACAAUGGUUCUUUGUUUUCCUCCCACAGUAAGAUAUUUCCCACAGGCCUUCCUGAGGAGUUCGCCAUAGCUGCCGUGUUUCGGGUGCGAAGGAACGCAAAGAAGGAACGGUGGUUCCUGUGGCAGGUUUUAAACCAGCGUAACAUGCCACAGGUUUCUGUAAUAGUUGAUGGUGGAAGGAAGGUGGUGGAAUUGAUGUUCCAAGCUGCCGAGGGAGACGUGUUGAACUACAUUUUUAAAAAUCAAGAACUCCGUUCUUUGUUUGAUCGUCAGUGGCAUAAACUUGGCUUUGGUAUACAAUCCCAGGCCAUUUCACUCUAUGUGGACUGUAACUUAGUUGCAAGUCGGCAUACUGACAGAAAGGGUACCGUGGACUUCCGUGGAAGGACUGUUAUUGCUGCCCGAGCUUCAGAUGGCAAACCUGUGGAUAUUGAACUUCACCAACUUCAGAUCUACUGUAACUGGAACUUCAUAGCCCAAGAAACAUGUUGCGAGAUAUCAGACAUUAAGUGCCCAGAGCAGCCUGGCUUUGGAGGUACUGCAGCAUCACCAGCACCUGCUUAUGCCAGCAGAAUGUCUGCACUUUUGCCAGCAAAGCAGGAACUCACAGACAAGUGCCAGUGCAUGCUGCACAAGGGAGAAGCAGGCUCACCUGGACAGAAAGGAGAGCAGGGUGAAAAUGGUUUACGUGGCACUCCAGGCUUACCUGGUCAAAAGGGAGAACAAGGUUUUGAAGGCAGCAAAGGAGAAACUGGCGAGAAGAACAGUGAGAGGGAGCCAGGACAGCCAUAUAAUAAACCUAUAACUGAGGAGGAGUCCACUGAGUGA